CAUGUUGCGCACCAGUCAACCUUUGAUCAACUACUUCCUGAAAGGGUCGCGUCAUACGAUACACCUCUUUUAUGCCACUCCUGGGGAAGAUUCACAGUAAAGUUGUAGGUGGAUUAAAGCCCGACGAACUGGACAGAUAAAGUCUGAGAUAGCAAUCCCCUUGCCGGCUGCAAUCAUGUCAGACCUCAAAGAAGAUGGCAGACUCGAGAGCGAUCAUAUGGUUGACUUCUCCCUAAUGAACAACCGUCUCUACUCGUUCAACGGCUCCAGUCUGGUUGAGCAGGUGCCCGCAGAGCGACUCGCCCGGGCCGGAUUCUACUACACCGGUCACGCCGAUCGCGUCCGCUGUUUCAGCUGUGAAAUGACGGUUGAAAACUGGUGCAGGGGAGACACGCCUGUAGAGAGGCAUAAGGAGGUUUCCCCACUGUGCAAGUUCCUCAGCUGCACCCAUCGCGCUGAUUUCCAGCACAGUUCACAGUUGACAGGCUCUAGAUACAAUGAAGAAGCUGAAGAUAUGGAAUAUCGUUUGAGAACAGGCGAGGUGGUUGACGAGUCCACCUACCCAAUGAUCCCUCACAUGAGGCAGGAGGAGGCCAGACGUCAGACCUUCUCAUCUUGGCCAUCUACUGUUCCUGUGACAGCCAGAGAUCUGGCACAAGCUGGCCUUUACUACCUGGGCCAGGGUGACCGGGUUCAGUGUUUUUGCUGUGGUGGCAUCCUAGGGGGCUGGGAAGCAGGGGACACGGCCUGGGGUGAACAUGGCAAACAUUUUCCCCACUGCUUCUUCAUCCUCGGCCAUGAUGUGGGCAACAUCCCAUCCGAGGGGGGUACGGGAGUGGAGAAUCGUAGGAGUCCACCUCAAGUAAACGCUCACGUGCCUAUGGGGAGCUUCGAAGAGAGGCUACGCAGCUUUACAGGAGUUCAGCACCCUGUUGAUCAUGCUCGACUUGCAAGGGCUGGCUUCUACAGGACAGGGACAGGAGACAUGGUGAUGUGUUUUCGUUGUGGUGGAGGACUAAAGGGCUGGCAGCCUGAUGAAGACCCAUGGGAAGAGCAUGCCAAAAGUUAUCCUGGAUGCAGCUUCUUGUUAGAAGAAAAAGGACAAGAAUUUAUCAACACCAUCCAGCUACAAGAUCCUCAACAAAACAAAGCUACCUCACGUCAUCAAAAUGGAUUUACAGCAUACAAAAAUGAUGAGGACCCAUUGGAAACACUACGGAAACUGCAGAGGGAAAAACAGUGCAAAGUGUGUAUGGACAGAGAUACUUGCGUCGUCUUCAUCCCGUGCGGUCAUCUGGCCACCUGUGAGGAAUGUUCACAGACGCUUAUUAAGUGUCCAAUUUGUUGUGGGGCCAUUACACAGAAGGUCAAGACGUACAUCGCUUAAGAAAAAUAGACUUUUACCAAACAGACCUUCUGUGCUGCUGUCUCAUAAUGCCUGACUUUGUAUUUAAUUAUUAAGUGUAGAUAACCUGUAAUAUUGCAAAGGACUGUUUGACCACUAGAGUGGCUAUUGUAAGGUUAAGCAAGAGUAUAUCAUAAAAGCUUUUUUUAAUAGGUGAAUAGUUAGUACAUAAACACUGAAUGAUUUCUUCCAUUUCCAUUCCAGAUGUGCCUUGACUUAAUUUGCUUUUUAUUUGAUGUGUUUGGAAUAGCUCCAAAUUACUUGUAGUGGGAAAUACUGUACAGGUAUUUGAUUUCACGCUUGUUUGACUUUGCUUUUGUUUAUAAAUACCAUGACAUUUUGAAGAAGUCACUUAAAUGGCUAUUUGUGUUUAAAUAAAUGAUCAAUAAUGUAAGUAAUGGAUCCACAAAAACUCCCCAUAUCGCUCAUGUGAAAACAGUUUCACCAAUAAAAUUUACUAUUUGGUCAUAAA